AUACUUGAAUGGAAAAGUCAUUCAGUAGUGUCAAAGUUUUUGUACUAUGCAAACAUUGUAACAAGGAGUUCAAAUAAUGUGUUCAAAUUUCAAUUAUAUGAUAUCAUGAGCGAUCAAUAAUUUGACAACUUCUUCGCUUUUUCAAUUGGAUUAUGAUUUUCUAAAAGAUUUUCUCUAUCGUUUCCUAGGGAUGGGAACCAUACCGAGUUUAUCCGAUUUUCAGAUGAAAAUUAUGGGCAAAACCUCAAUGGAAAAUUGAAUUGCUAGGUUUAAGUUUUAAGCGUAACCGUAUUGAUUUGAAUACGGUCUGAUCCGAUUUAAAUACAAAAACCGAUGCCCCUGUUUUAAGAGGAACUAAAUUAAAGAAGAAGAAGAAGAAAAAAAAUCAAUCCGAUCAGCUCUCGCUCCUCCUCAUCGCUGUUACAAAAAACCACCCUUUGCCGUUGAUCUGCGCUUUCUCUCCUUCCAGCAGCAGCAGUGCUCUCUCCUCCAAGCCUUCAUGCCGCAAGCCGCACUCCUCUCUGUCGCUGCGAUCUCCUCCUAGUUCCAGUCCACAGUGUCUCCAGUCUCCCCUCCAUCUCCUCCAUCAUUUUAUAGACUUCAAUCCCCGCGCCCAAAACUGUAACCCUAAAUUCCGUGAACUAUGGAAUGUAGCGUUCGUUAAUCCGAUUGGAUUGCAGCGGUGGAACCGAUUUGCUUGUAUCUCUGCUGGCGCGGACUCCGGCGGCAAGUCGCCUUCAACGGUAAUCGCUUUUCGAUUUCUUGCCUUAGGUAGAACUGAAUUGAUCAAGUAGAAAGCCGAUUAGCAUCCAUUGCUCUUGCUGUGCAUUUGGGGAAAAUGAAAAUUGGGCGUAGUGGGGAAGAAGAAACUACCGACAGGUUAAGCCAUCUUCCAGAACCGAUUCUCCAUCACAUCCUUUCGUUCAUGGACACCAUAUCUGCCGUUCAAACCUCGGUGUUGUCUCGGUCAUGGAAUCGGGUGUGGAAACAUGUCCCUGUCCUGGAACUGUGCCGCCUUUCCUUCUACGAGUAUUCGAGUUUCCUGUUGUUUGUGUCUAAGGUUUUGGAACUCCGCUAUGACCUUAGUCUCCGCAAGUUGAGCUACAUGGACAACUAUAGACAUAGGCAUGAGAGGGUCGACGGAGAUGAUGGAAGGGACGCGUUAAUCACGGAUUUUCGAGAUGUUGGUAUGUGCAUGGAGGUCAUCCAAUAUGCUUUAUCCCAUGAUACUCAGCAUUUAGUGAUCAACCUGGACAAUGAGUACAAGGAUGUCCAUCAGAGUGACAGAUUUACGGGGUUGUUCGGGGAAAUCGUGAACUGCAACCUCAAAACUCUAGAACUAAAGUUUGUCUGCAUCGACGAUGGUCUUCGAUCUCGUGGUUUUCGAAUGCUGACGACUUUGAGAUUGCAUCUUUGCUCUCUGGCUUCUGACCAAUAUGAGGACUUCUUUUCGAACUUUCCCUCUCUGCAGAAUUUGGUCCUGAUGGUUUGCCAGCCUUGGGACUACGGCAACUCUAUCCAGGAUGGAAGGGGUCUUAAGAUAUCCUGACCCCAAUUGAUUUACCUGAAGUUGGAUUUUGUGGUGUGUUACAAGAUGGAGAUAUCUGCACCAAAACUCAAAUUCUUCAGUCUUGUGCAUAACUUGAAAUCCCUAGUAUCCAUCAAGUUAAGCCUUCCUUCUCUCCAUCAUGCUGCUAUCGGGGUCCAGGAUUGGGACUGUUUCAUGCUGGACAACAAGGAAUGUGGGGCGCAACGUUUCAUGUCUUUGUUCCAAGGUUUGAAUAACGCGACAUAUCUCUCGCUGGAGUACUUCACCCUCAGGGUAAUAAUCUCUUCCUUGGAUAAUGCCAUCGUAAUUUACGCGUUUCUUCUAGGAAAUUUUACCUCGCAAUUUAAAGUUGGCUUCUGCUCUUUGUAGUCACUGAAGAAAGUUUCUGAGGUUCUGGAACAACAAAAAUCCUCCCCCUUUACGAGAUUGAAGUCGUUGAUCGUGAAGACUUUUCUUGGACGAGACGAAGUACCUGACAAACUGGUCCAUUACUUUCUUAAAGACUCGUCUAGUAUGAACCCAGAAGUUGAGUGUAUUAGGCCCUGUCAUGAACCAUUUUGCCAUGGUUGCUGAUUGUGGUACACAUAUAGGUUGGAUUUUCUUUAUUUUCGGAUCAUUUACUUGUUAGGUCAUGAAUUUGUUCAAGUAAUUCAUGAAAGAUAUUCAACUUGUUUUUAUUGCAAUGCGUACCAUUUUGUUGGGCUGCCAUCUUCUUGAUGCUUUGUCGUUUGAUUUGAAGAAACACCUCUCUGAAUAGUUUGUUUCAGCCUCAGUUCUGGACUUAUGCUGCCAAUCUAACCUAAAUCAACUAUCUUCUUAAAC